AACAAACUGUUUCAAACCAUCAUAAACGAUCAUGGAGGAACCCCAGAAUGUAAUCGACGUGAUGAACCUUCAUAUCACUCACAACCUGUUUCUCGGUUCAUUCAACAGUUGUCGGAAUCAAUUCAGUCAAGUGCAAUCCAAUGAUCUUAUGAUCACUCAACAUGAACAACAACAACAAUGGCAGGAAACUAUCGAUCCUCUUAAGCUUGUUCUCGGCAAAGUUAUCGGUCGUGGAUCUUAUGGCGUGGUUUACAAGGGCUCAUACCAUGGCCAAACGGUCGCAGUGAAAGUUCUUGAUUUUGGAAAGGGUGUUACAACAACUUUAAAGGAGUGCAUGAAGAAUGAUUUCAGGGAAGAAGCUAGUUUAUGGCAAAAGCUUGACCACCCUAAUGUCACUAAGAUGAUCGGAGCAACUAUGUCUAUGAAGACAAAUUCAGGCCAUAAGAACAAGAACAAGAUAUCAAAAACUGAAAGUGACCUUUGUAUUGUCUCCGAAUAUGUAAAUCUUUGAGAUCAUACUUGUGUAAAAACCGUG